GCCUGACCUUUCAAGUUUCCAGCUCUCAACAGCCCCCCAAAAGGCGGCCAAUUCUCCAGCUAGCUUUUGUCGCACAAUCCCAACUCCCAUUGACUGUCAAUCAAUCUUUUCCUCCCUUCCGCAUCCCGUCUUCCGCAUCAACGCCAGUGCCUGCCUGCCCAACUGACUGAAACCAGCAAAAGCGCGCCAAGUUGAAGUUGCAGUAAGAAAAAGACGAUCACUGCCCCUUCUCCUGCAAAAAGUCACAGGCUACCGUGCCACUACAGCCUGAGCUCCCCGCCCUAUCCGCUAAAACUCCCUACCUUAGGUUGCCCAACAAAACUUAAACCCAAGGAGACGCACACCCACAAACUGCAUUUCUGGGUGCUUUUGGCAAAGGCUGCCUGCCUGGUUGUGCAUGUGGCUACCCGCUCUGCGACUGCGGCUCCCGCUCUCUUCUUUCACCUCAUCAGGCACUGUCAGUGCCCUUAAAUUUCACAGACCCGAGCCCCAUGGACCUCGAAGAGGAUAUUGCGAUUCAAGGGACGAUACUGAGGUCGUUGUUGGAGCAACCGCGGACUUCUGAAAUCAACAAGCAAAUAGGGGAAGCCAAGGCUGAAUUGAUUAAACUCAAGGAAAGGAGGGCCCGCGGGACUUCGUCGGAAGUCCUUCAAAACCCUGUCCCGAAAGAGGUUUUGGACAUGCACAUAUUCAAACUCAUGCUAAUCAUUGCCCCCAGCAUCUUCCUACCCCGCCAACGGCUCAUCCUCAAGAAUGUCGAACCCGCCAAGCUCGAGCCCUGGAGGAGGGCCUCCACCCCACCAGCCAGCCUCUGGAUCUCGAAAGCGUUCUUUCGGAAGCUCUCACUUGAAUGUUUCUUCAUCCAUAUGGGGUCCAAAUAA